AUGCAAGAGAAAGUGAUGCACUUUUCACUAUUAGCUUUGCACAUGAUACACAUGUCGAGGUUUUCAAAAACUUCUGGAAAGAUAAAAGAAGCCAUAUCAAAUCUCCCGGUUGCAACCAAAGAUGAUGACACUGAAGAAGCUGCUACCCUGAAAGAUGAAACAGACACAGUAGAUGCAGACAAUCGGACAAAACAGGACACGUAUUUGGUUGCUACAUUUGGAGGAGAUAGGAUGGAAGAGUUUGAUCCGUUUGGGCUUGAUGCUCUAAUUCCAAGCACAUCGAAGAAAGAUGAAAAAACAAAGGGAAAGAAAGAAGCAGGUGCAAAGAUUAGGAAGGAAGAAGAGGAUGAGACCAAAAAAUUUCUCAAAUCACAGAGAGAAGUCUUGAUCCUUUGUUUAGAGAUUGCUGCAAAGCGUUACAAAACGCCAUGGUGCCAAACAGCAAUCGACAUCUUAGUGAAGCAUGCCUUUGAUAACAUUUCGAGGUUCACCUCUAAACAAAGGGAUGCCAUUGAGAAACUUUGGGCUUCUAUACGAGAACAGCAAACACGUAGGAAGCAAGGCAAAUCUGUAACUGGGAAACUUGAUGUGAAUGCUUUUGAAUUUCUCCAGCAAAAAUACGCGAAUAAGAAGAUCAGCAUUCGGCAUGCUGUUGGAGGUAGUGGGCAGCGUCGUGCUGAACAGUGGCUUGGUUAAUAACAUACAUUUGAUUGAUGUGCUUGUCAUAUGGAUAUUUACUGCUCCAAAGAAAAGAAAGAGAGGAAAAGGUUGAAUUUCAAUCCUACAUCAAUUUGAUUGUGUACAUACUACCUGUUUCUUAUAUUUGCUGCCUUCUCCACUUAGUCUUUUCUUUCUUCUCCUUUUGCUCCUCUUACCUGACUAGUUUCAUUAUGCUGUAGCGGAAUUACAAUCAUGUCUUGUAAGGAGUCCGGCUGUGCAUGUUUUACAUUUUUCUGACCGCGUAGUGGCAGGAUUCUUGCCCUUAUUGAAACUGUUAUACUUUUCUGAAUUGGUUUUAACAUUCUCAUGAAAUUCAGAGUCUCCCAUUUGGAAAUGUACUUCUGAAGAGGUCUUGGGUGGGACAAUUAGUGGCUAAUUUCUCACCGUGACUGGUUAAGGUAAGUUUGUUUUU